GAGCAGCAGGCUAUGCACGAUCUGUGUCGGAUGACCGCUGUUCAUUAUUGUCUACAGAGGACCCAAGGAGCGGCAAGAAGGACCGCUUCCGACGCUUAUGGUCUGCCUCUACAGCUGCCUCCAGCGAUGCGAUGUUCAACGGGGCAUCUUCGCCAACCGCGUCAGAUGACUACUAUGGUCACGCCGGUCACGCCUCGCCCUCCUCAGACGGCGCGGCGACUUUGACGAAGCCGCUGGCGUUGGAGUUGCAGAGCGAACUCCUGGCAGAAUUCACCUCUCCAAGCUUUCUGAAGGCAAAGCACACGUUAGUCCGGGAGCACUCCGUGAAUACCUUGGCGUGUCGUGCGGCCCUGACGAAACUGGUGCGUGCCAGGCAGAUGGAUGUUCUGCCGCGAUAUGGCUUUGACUCCUCACCAGAAGGUGUGGAGAGCAUGCUUAGAGCCUUCAAGCAGCUGGAGAAGGAUCCAGAUAUUUACGUGAACUCAGUCGCCAUUCAAGAUGCCUUGUCCUUGUCGUCCGCAUCUUCCAGAGACAUCUCGGCCCUGCCGGAACCCGACCUGGUGACAAAACCAACGACCAAUCAUCGCGUUUGCGAGUUGCUGCGAGCUUUGCUGGUUGAGUUCAGCAUGGCUUCCUUUCAGCAGGACGUCGACGACCUGAAACGCAAGGCCAGCACACAACGACGAAGAAUGAAGGGUAGCAGUGAAGAUCCCGAGGGCUACUAUCACCUUCCGGGCCGCAGCGCCUUAGCUCUCCAAGUCUAUCGAAUGGUGCUCCCUUGUUUUGGUUUUGACGGUAGCAAGGCCGGCGUGAAUGACAUGAUCUUGCACUGCGCCGAGUUCAUGAACAAUGAUGAAGUGGCCCACUUGGUGGAUUCCAUCAACCUCAAGUUGGGCAUGAGUCCCGAGGCCGGUGCAAAAUACACCGGCAGGCGACAACGGCGACAACAAGCGUCAAGGCGCAGCCUGAUCACAGAUUCCUCAGAUGUGGUGUUGGUUUUGCUUAAUUUCCAGGGAUCCAAGAACUGCAUGAGGUGGCUCAUCGACAUUGGUCGCAACUUGGCGCCUGCUGGAACACAGAGGAUUUCGCACGGCGAUGCACCGGACACUGGCCGACACGGUCAGUACUGCAAUCAGGCUGCCCUGACCUGUGCCAACUGUACUCCAGCUAAGACUGCUGUGUGCGUGAGAACAGUCGAGUUUGCGCGCCAAGAGGGCGACUCAUGUCUCUUGAGUCCAGUCGUGCGUCGUGUCUGCAUACCCAAUGGUGUGAGCAUCGACGCCGGACGGCGGCAGCCCGUGUCUAGUACCUCACAGCGACUUUCAAAGCUACAGACAAAACAUUCGGAUCGCAGUUUCGUUUCGCGUGUUUAUGCGUGUUUAUGAGCGGAACAAGCCCAUGAAUUUCC